AUGUCCUCCUCGCCACCAAAACCGGCCAUCGUCCUCGUCCCCGGUGGUGGCCACCUCGCGCGCUCCUUCGCCCCGCUCACCACCUACCUGACCUCCCACUCCUACACCGCUACCCCCGUAGACCUGCCCUCCAACCUCAUCACCAUCGACCCCUCCACCUCCGCCGCCUUCCCCACCACGUACGAAGCGGACGUCGCAGCCGUCGCCUCCGCCAUCACGACGCACGCCGAUGCGGGCAAGGACGUUGUCGUGCUCUUCCACUCUUACGGCGGCGUGCCCGGCAACACGGCCUGCAAGGACUUGCUCAAGGCUUCCCGCCAAGCACAGGGGAAGCCUGGGGGGGUCGUGCAUCAGAUUUACUUCUCCUCCAUGGCCCUACCACUAGGUAUGUCGCCGCGCAAGCUCGCAGGCGGCGAGCUUCCGCACAUCCUGGAGCUCUCGGACGAUGGCAAGACUGUCUUCGCGCCCGGAGGCCGAGAGCUAUUCGCGCACGAUAUCUCGGACCCUAAAGAGGCAGACCUGCUGGUGGAGGCGCUGGUGCCCAUGAGCAUCCAGGCGUUUGACGGCGAAGUGGGGUACGAGGCGUGGCGGGAGGGAAAUAGCACGUAUGUGUUGACGUUGGAUGAUCGGUCGCUGCCGGUGGAGAUGCAGAAGGGGAUAGUGGAGGGGGUAAGGAAGACGUGCGCAGAGGAUGGGAAGGGGAGGUUGAUGGAGACGGUGGAGGUGGCCGGGGGACAUGAUGCUUGGUUUGGGAAUCCGGAGGGUGUUGGUGAUGUGAUUAGAGGGAUUGUUGAGAAGGCCUCGUGA